ACCGACAGCAACGAGCAUCGAGGGGAACAAAGAUGGCUAUGGGUCUAUCCGCCAUUUUCUAAAGUGAGACAGAACAAAUUGUUUUUGUGGAUUUUUGCAAAAUUUAGUGAAUAAUUUUAUAAUUAUUUGGUUCACAAGUGUUAAACUAGUCCUGGCCAAAAUAUUUUCGUUAUUCGGUUUAGUUCCCCGGCUAAAAAUUGAAUUAUUUCACUAGUUUUGAAAUACGCGUCUUCCAAGGAAGAUAUUUUUGUGUGAGAAGGGUAGUUAUUUGAAUCAUCCCGAUGAUGUUCGAUCCUAAUGCCAUAACAACGCAGCAGUCCCAAAUUCAAUAUCAGCAACCUCAACAAAAUGAAAAAGAUAAAAAUCAAGAUCAAAAGGACACUUUUGCUCCAUUUUGCUAUGCAAAUGUCAAUAUGAUCCACAAAUUAACCCCUAACACUACUCAGACUCACAACUCUACGGUCAAUAUGUCGCAGUUAACUGAUGACAAAUGCUAUAUAACUCAACCAUUCAGUUAUAAUUAUACUUUGGUGAAUCAAAAUUUGUUGACCCAAAAUGCUAUUUCAAAUAUCUCAUUCAAAUGUGAUGUAUGCGGAUUGAUAUUUGCCCACUUGUCAUUGUUGAACCAUCAUAAGAAAGUAAACCAUGGACAACCAGAUCAGAAUCAAGGUCAGCAACAGCAGAUUACAGUUCAGGUGCAGCAACCCCAACAACAGGCAACUCAAAUUCAGAUUGUUUCCGCUGACCGCAUCAGGUUUUCUUGUGAGGAAUGUGGACUUACCUUCAGUACUCAAAAUGACUUGAAGACUCACAAAAUACAGUCACACCAACCACAAACUCAGCAGCAACAGGUUCAAACUCAACCUCAGCCUCAACAACAGAAUACCCUCAAAAUAAAAAAUUGUCAGUCAUGUGGAGCACCUUUACCCCAGGACAAUAAUAAAAAAAGAGCCGUUAUGAAAGUAAAAUGUGAGAAUUGUCUGAGUGCAGAGGCAAUUCAACCACAAAUAUUUGUAGUUGCUACGGCUCCUGAUACAUCAGUGAAAUUUGAAGAGAGUACAGGAACACAAACUCAAGCACUAGGAACCCAAAAUUCUAUACCCAUAGGGGUGAAAAACCAUCAUCCAGUCAAAAGAAGAGGAGUGGCUAGUGUAACAAAGUGCACAAAGUGUAAUGGCAGUGGAAUCAUCUUUAUUGGAGGUACCAAAAACCAGCAGAACAAUGUUGAAAAACCAUUCCAUUGUAAUAUUUGUAAUGGUUCCUUCAGCAGAUACUCAUCACUUUGGUCUCACAAACGGCUUCACACUGGAGAGAAGAACUUCAAAUGUAACAUUUGUGGAUUGGCAUUUGCAAAAGCAGCUUACUUGAAAAAUCAUUCAAGAAUUCAUACCGGAGAGAAACCAUACCGAUGCGGGGUUUGUGGUAUGCAGUUCUCCCAAUCUCCUCAUCUGAAAAAUCAUGAAAGGAUACAUUCAGGAGAGAGGCCGUAUGUCUGUGAGGUCUGUGACAAAUCUUUUGCAAGGCAUUCCACGUUGUGGAAUCACAGAAGAAUUCAUACUGGUGAAAAACCUUACAGAUGUGACAUUUGUGGGUCUUGCUUCAACCAGGCAACUCAUCUCAAGAAUCAUGCCAAAGUUCAUUCAGGAGAGAAGCCAUUCAAAUGUGAUAUAUGUUCUGUUGGAUUCUCAGACCGAUUUGCUCUCAAGAGACAUCGAAACAUCCAUGAGAAAUAUGGCCGGACUAAGCCCUUAGCUGUUGCGACUGCAGAUGAUACUCAGAAUAAUACUUCCACUGACUCCACUUCCGGCAUCAAUGUUGCCACCAUUACAACAGAUACUGACCAUGAAGAAAUUGUUGAAACUAAGUUCGUUCAAAAGUUUGAAACUGUUGAUACCAGUGACAUAGAUGAAGAUAUGACAGAUAUUUCUGAACUACAGGUUCAGUUACAAUAAGACUAUUUUAUUGAAGGAAUAGAAUCAAAAGGUACUAUUUUAUACUGUUGACUGGUUUUAAAUUGUUUUUGUUAUGGAUUUUGAAUUUCUGUGAAAUUAUUCGAAACAUUUUCAUGAAAUCAUUAUUUAUCUUAAUUUAAUAUGUUGUAUAAAAAUUAUUUUUUUAUGCUACUGUCAAGCACAGUAAUUUGUGAUGUGAUUUUUUUGACAGAUUGUACAUAUUUUUUCUAAUUCAUUGGAAUUAUUUAAAGAAUGUCUCGAGUCUAGAAUAAAGUAUAGAGAUAGAAUAACAUAUAUUUUUAUUUCAACUGCCAUCUAGCUUGAUAAAAUAUGUUUGUAAAUAGAAUCGGCCUUGAUUUGAACCAUGUAUUAUAGGCAGCUGUACAUUUUUUCGAGUUUUUAAAUAUAUUUAAUAGCAACAAAAA